UCAACCGAACAGAUUCGCACACGCAAAGUCCGCCAGCGCCCACAACCCAAGGCUAACGCGUGUGUGCGCAUUCCAUCGUACGUAUCGUGAAGUCAUCGAAGGGUUGCGGAAAAACGUCGGCUCAGAGCUAAUUGGGGGCAUCUGGUCCUUCCGAGAGACGGUUAUCGAUGUCAGCCAACGUCCGGAGAAACACAUUGGAAGGAAGGAAAGAUUGCACUUCUAAGUGCAUUUACGUGUACCGUGUGGGGAGCUUCACACGAUUGUCACCCGAUUGACAAUGAUGCUAUUCUGAUCUGGGAUACUCGAGUAUGUGUAAUCUAGAAUGACAUGCCCUCGGAAUUGUCCCUUGUGCUCCUCCUCCGUCUGCCCUCCGCAAAACGGCGAGCGGCCGAGUCGGCUUGUAUAUAAAGAGCGUCCCAAAUAGCUAUGUUCGAAGCCGAAUCCGCAUUAUGACAUCUACCGCGCCAGAUCUCGAGAAGAGUGGGAGCGUACAAUCGUCCGGAACUCCAAAACCAGUUCAGGCCCACCCUGUCGAAGAGCCAUUCAGCGUUUUCACUGUGCGAGAGAAAUGGUUCAUCGUAGCUCUAAGCGCAUUCGGGGCGUUCUUCAGUCCGCUGGCAGCAAACAUCUACUUCCCCGCCAUUCCUACGAUAGCGUCUGCUUUCAACAAAUCUAUCGAGCUGAUCAAUCUGACCGUGACUCUGAACAUGGUUUUCCAAGGAUUGACACCGAUGUUCUGGGGCACGCUCGCAGAUACCAUCGGCCGUCGGCACAUCUUCAUCUUAUGCAUGGUCCUACUCGCGAUCUCCUGCGUUGGUCUCGCAUUGACGCCUACCUCUGACUAUUGGCUCCUCUUACUCUUGCGGUGCUUUCAAGCGGCAGGGUCUGCGAGCACGGUUGCGCUGGGUGCUGGUGUUAUCGGUGACAUUAGCACUCGGGCUGAGAGAGGUGGAUUUCUGGGGAUGUACAGUGUUGGCCCGAUGAUAGCCCCUGCUAUUGGGCCAGUGAUCGGGGGUCUUUUGGCAGACAAGUUAGGAUGGAGGUCUAUUUUCUGGUUCCUUUGCAUCUGCUCUUCUAUAUGUGCGAUCGUCCUGAUGCUCUUUUUACCCGAGACGCUUCGUGCGAUUGUAGGUAACGGAAGCAUCCCGCCACCCAAGAUAUACUACCCUAUCAUUCCUUCCAUCGGGCGAUCCGGCCGCGUGCUCGAAUCUGCCGUCUCUGAGCAGCCUCACAAAAGGUUCCAAAACCCCCUACAACUCUUGUUGAACGUCGACAUCGUCCUGCUCCUUGUCAUGAAUGGAAUCAUCUACGCAGUCUUUUAUGGAGUAACAGCAAGCAUCUCUAGUGUCUUCCACGACGCAUAUCCUCAAUUGAAUGAGAUUGAGUUGGGUUUAUGCUUUUUGAGUGAGUCCUCGAUUGGUUGCUACUCUUCCCCGGCUUAUCCCAUCAGGUAUCGGUGGGGGAAUGGUCAUCGGCUCUUUGGUCUGUGGUAGGAUCCUAGACUGGGACUAUCAGCGCGUGAAGCGCAGUUUGUCGUCUUCUGAAGAAACCUCGGAUAAAGACGAAGAGUCUUUCCCAAUCGAGCAGGCACGUCUCAGGCUGCUUCCCUUGCUCAUAGCUCUGUUCGUGGGCUGUUCUAUCGGCUAUGGUUGGUGUAUAGAAGCCAAAACGCAUAUAGCCGGACCACUUGUUCUGCUUGUCGGAGUUGGAUUAGUCGUGAUAUUUGUGAUGAAUUCUUCCCAAACUAUGAUGCUGGAUCUCAUGCCCACUUCCGGGUCUGCCAUAACUGCUUGUAACAAUCUCGUCCGAUGCAGUCUAGGUGCAGGACUUGUUUCGGGCAUCCAGCCGUUACUGACUGCUCUGGGGCCGGGUUAUGGAUACCUCCUCUUGGGCGGAUUGGCUGCAUUGAUGAUUCCAUCAAUAUACCUUUCGAUCUAUAUUGGGCCGCGAUGCCGAGCAAGACGAGUUCGAUUGGCCGAGGCAAAGCUUGCGACCGUAGACACGUAGUUCACUAUCACAAGAAACUCCAAUAAUCAUUUAGAGAGAUCAAAAGGUCGCCAGUCUUAUCUGAUCGGCUCCGAAAUGUGACUCCCUCUUCCGAACAAAUAUUGCGAUUUCCGCGACGAACGCGUCGGGGACAGUAUAAAACCGUAAAACAUGCCCAUGUUGAAACCAAUCAGGUUCCCCGUUCGCAAUGUCGUCUCCUUCAGAGGAUCGUUCCGCGCAUCUCCCCGACCGCUUCGUGGUGGAUGACCCCGAACUGAGGAAACAGGCCGCCGAGCGCACGCCUAUCCGUUUUCGCGACGAUGGGGAGCCAUACAUUCCCCUCCCAGCACCCUUCGAACGUUUCUAUCUCGGUGCGAUGCGGCGGUCGGAUAUUCCACACGAUAGCGCCAUGAUGAGUGACAUCCGCGUCGCGCGCACCCUGGUUGGCCCCCCGUUUCCUGCACCCAUCAGCGGCUCACAAGGCUGGCUCGUCCGGGAGCGGGGUUUCAUUGUUGCUUUGUUCAACGAUUACGCCGAAGGACGGUUCGUUCCGACGGAGCACUCUCCUUUCGAUGUGGUACGCGAACAGAAGCCGGACGGAAGCGAGGUCUAUGUUGGGCAGGUGACGAUCGGUCACAUGGGUCCUAGUUUUGUGCGCAAGACGCCUGUGAAUCCCGACUGGGAGGAGUGGAGAUCGCACCGGGUCACUUCUAUGGGUGCGGCUCUCAACGCCGAGUAUCAUGGAAAGGGGAUCGCAUCUGCUGCAGUUGAUGUUCUCCUGAAGCAAUGGGCCAUUCCUCAGAUGGGAUGUACUGAAAUUCUCGCUCAGUGCUUCCUCACCAACUUUGGAUCCUACAAACUAUGGCAGAAAUUCGGGUUCGUCGAGGAUGAAAGCCUGCGAAAGAAGCUCACCAUUGAAGAAAGCAAGGGUGGAGGAGAGGUGGAUGAAUGCGUCUUGAUCUGGAAACUGUCAUGAGUAGAUUAGAUAUACAUUCGGCAGCACGUCGGCAUCCAUAGUGACAAUCAAAUCACAAGUACGUAUUCAAGUUGAACGCGUCGCGAAGAAAAACUGCAACUUGCACAGUGCUUAUUGGCAUGUGUAACGGCGGAAGCAAGCAUUGCUAAUCACCCACCCUUCCUUACCGCACAGGCUUUGUUGUCGUCAAAACUGCUGCAUGGUCUUCCUCACCGGGACCGCUAGGCUUGUAAGGCCGAAAGCUUUGAGUCGUUCCCCGCAACUGCUAUUGUGGGGCGGAGCCUUUGCUGGCAUCGCAGCCCUGAGCACUCGUUCUUUCUCAUUUGCAGGCCUUGCUCAAGCCGGGACUCAUGGUCUCAACUUCGCUGCCAACUCAAUACGCAAUCCGGCUGUAGCCUUCCUUCGCCGGCACGGGACAGCAACUUCCCUUCCCACCUUAUUCCCCACCGUCACGCAAUCCAUGCUCACUCCACCGCAAGCGCCCCCGAAGUGGACUCACAGUCCCGCAGAUGUGCUGGAUCUGGUGAAGGCGGCUAUCGAGAAGGAUCGCGUUGUCGAGGACACUGUAGGCGCGUUGAAACCUGCGGACUGCACUUUCGAAUCGGUACGUGAUUGUAUCUGGCUUCUAGCCGCCCUGAUCUUCAAUCGAAUCUGUCCUAUAGGUCUUUGUGAGUGCUUACAAGCCGCCUGUCCUACCCCGGAGUCUGCCGCUCAUAUAAUACACAUCAAGGUCGCUCUCGAAUCGUCCGGCACCCAAAUCGAGGUCGUCACGGAACCUCUCUUAUUCUAUCAGAAUGUAUCACCUUCCAAGGAGCUUCGCGACGCGUCUGUCGAAGCGGACUCUCUCCUGCGUGAAUAUGGCGUCGAGUCUUCCAUGCGCAUCGAUGUGUUCCAGGCCAAGAUUGCUGCCGAGAAGAACCUUAAAGAGUCGGGAUCGUGGGACAAGCUUUCUGCUGAAGACAAACGUCUGGUUGAAAAGAUGAUCCUCGAUGGCACGCGUGCUGGUUUGCAUUUGCCUGAAGACAAGCGUGACGCUUUGAAGGCACUGCAGAAAGAGCUGUCUCAGGUCUGCCUCGAAUUCGAGAAAAACUUCAACGAGGAAAAUGGGGUUAUCUCGUUUACAGCGCAGGAGCUCGAAGGCGUUCCGGCCGAUGUCAUCUCCGGCUACAAAAAGCGCACCGAGGGAGAGACCGAGUUGUACGAUGUGACUUACAAAACCCCGGACAUCUUCCCUAUCUUCAAAUUUGCCAACAAUCCGGAGACACGGAAGAGAGCUUACCAAGGCCACGAGUCGCGACUGGAAGUCAAUGUACCUCUCACCGAACGCUUCCUUGCUCUCAGGCGCAAGAUCUCCUCAACCCUGGGCUAUGCGAACUGGGCCGAAUACCGUACGGAACCGAAAAUGGUCAAGUCUGCCAAAGGCGUUCAAGAUUUCCUUGACGACCUUGAGUCCAAGCUCAAGCCUCUCGGAAUCAAUGACAGGAAGGUUCUGCUCGCUCUCAAGGAAAAGGACUGCGCUGCACGCCAGCUCGACUUCGACGGCAGUUUCAACAUCUGGGACUACCGUUACUAUGAUCGGAAGUUCACAGAGGAAACACUGGACCUGGAUGACAUGCUCGUCAAGGAAUACUUCCCCGUAUCCGUCGUCGUUCCACGGAUCUUGGAUAUCUACCAGACCCUUCUCGGAGUCCGCAAUGUUCGUUUCCUGAACUGCUCGCAGAUGUCCAACAAUUCUCCGUCUGGGAGAAAGAUGCCAAGGAUGGCAGCGGCUUCGUCGGGUACUGCUAUCUCGAUUUGUUCCCCAGAGGCGAGUCGUUUGAUAUUCAUCGCCUCGGCUGCUGAUGGGUUCGCAGAGGCAAAGUAUUCUCAUGCAGCGGUCUGGUCUAUUCUCUCGGGCUACACGCGCUCCGAUGGAUCUCGGAGUUACCCGCUCACAGCCAUGGUCGCGAACUUGGCCAAAUCCACACCUGAUAAACCGGCGUUGAUGCGCCAUGACGAUGUCGUUACUCUGUUCCACGAGAUGGGACAUGUAUUCCACGGACUGCUUUCGCAAACCAAGUUUGCGAGGUUCCAUGGGACGAAGGUUGCUCGCGACUUUGUUGAGGCACCGUCGCAAAUGUUGGAAAACUGGUGCUGGGAGCCGGAGGUCCUGUCGAAGAUGUCUAGCCACUACAAGACGCAAGAACCUCUUUCUGAAGAGCUGAUUACGAAACUGCUCAAGAGCCGCUAUGUGAAUGUUGGCUUGCAGUAUCUCCGACAGGUUUUCUUCGCCAAAUUUGAUAUCAAAGUGCACAUUGACCAAGAGGCUGAAGACUACACUCAGUUGUGGGACAAGAUGCGCGAGGAAAUCUCUCUGGUCAAGGCGGAUAAGCCUUGUCCUGGCCAAGUGAGCCCAGCCUCCUUCGGCCACAUCGCCAGCGGCUACGAUGCAGGAUACUAUGGAUAUCUGUACUCGCUUGUGUUUGCGUCCGACAUGUAUGCCACUGUGUUUAAAGGGGACCCCCUUGACCCCGCUCGAGGUCAACUCUAUCGCAAGAAGAUUCUCGUGCCUGGCGGAAGCCGAGAGGAAUUGGAUUCGUUGCAGGACUUCUUGGGCCGUCCACCCAGCAACCAGGCUUUCUUGCAGGAGCUCUUUGGAUCUAAUCAGACGAAUGCAAAUCUCUGAGACCCGGAUAGUCAGACUAAGUCGAAUCGUUUGUACUGUAGUAUCAUUCAAAUGCGACAGUAUUCGCAGCAGUUUUUGAUGCAACGACAGCCCCGAGCUCAUGGGUGACGAGACGCUGUCUGUCUACAUUUGGUGCACAGAUCUUCUUGCGAUCCCCGAAGGUCUUCUGGCAUGUGAUACGCUCCCGCUGCCUCGGGACGAAAUCAGAGUGGAAACCUUGUGGGAGCCAUGCGUGGUCGAUCGCUCACUCAGCUGACAGUGCGUGCCCACAAGUCUUCUCGAACGACGAUCCCAAUAGAUAUUUAUAAAGCAAGCAAGUAGAUCAGCUCACACGGGCAGGUGUACAACAGACAGACAAUGUAGAAGUGUGCAUAUAUCCGGGUAGAUAUGGCGGGGUAGAUAUCGAUGGCUUACUUGGCGUAGGGGCGACUGUCGUAUCCGACCUCGCGGUCGAUAGUGACUUUCACACCAACACCACCAUUGGGGCUGCCCGAGCGCUCCUCGAUCGGGAACUCUCCGACGCCCUUGUCGUCUUCUCCGGGGGAGCUCACAACGCCACCCUUGGAGUCGCCCCAGCCGACGUGCCCUUCGGAUUUACCCCCGCGCAUGUCGUCCAAAGUAUAAGUGUGCGGGCCAGUGCUGUGGCCGUUCGACAACACAUGGGUAGCACGCGAUGAAUUCGAAGGUGCAGAGGUGGCGCUCAGGGCGAACGACCCGCCCUGGGCAAGGGUGCCCCGGAUGCCGAGGAUGAUGCGCAGAGUCAUCGAUGUCGUAAGGACGGCAGUCAUGCUGUUCAAUGUGUUCAAGCUCUGGCGGCCGUU